AUGCUGCAGAUUGAUGCGGGCCCCUUGGUAGUCUGCCUGCGACGCUUUAAUAGAACAGUGCAAGCAUCGAGCACGCUCGGAGGAAGCGCGGGAGAGGAGGCGCAGGAGAGGAGGCGUGAGAGAAAAGGCUCUGGAGAGGAGGCACGGGAGAAGAGGCGCAGGAGAGGAGGUGCAAGAGAGAAAAGGUGCGAGAGAAGAGGCGUGGGAGAGGUGGCGAGAGAGAGGAGGUGCGAGAGAAGAGGCGUGGGAGAGGAGGCGACAGAGAGGAGGUGCAAGAGAGAAAAGGUGCGAGAGAAGAGGCGUGGGAGAGGUGGCGAGAGAGAGGAGGUGCGAGAGAAGAGGCGUGGGAGAGGAGGCGACAGAGAGGAGGUGCGGGAGAAGAGGCGCGGGAGAGGAGGCGACAGAGAGGAGGAGCGGGAGAAGAGGCGCGGGAGAGGAGGCGACAGAGAGGAGGAGCGGGAGAAGAGGCGCGGGAGAGGAGGCGACAGAGAGGAGGAGCGGGAGAAGAGGCGCGGGAGAGGAGGCGACAGAGAGGAGGAGCGGGAGAAGAGGCGCGGGAGAGGAGGCGACAGAGAGGAGGUGCAAGAGAGAAAAGGUGCGAGAGAAGAGGCGUGGGAGAGGUGGCGAGAGAGAGGAGGUGCGAGAGAAGAGGCGUGGGAGAGGAGGCGACAGAGAGGAGGAGCGGGAGAAGAGGCGAGAGAGAGGAGGUGCGAGAGAAGAGGCGUGGGAGAGGAGGCGACAGAGAGGAGGUGCGAGAGAAGAGGCGUGGGAGAGGAGGCGACAGAGAGGAGGUGCGGGAGAAGAGGCGAGAGAGAGGAGGUGCGAGAGAAGAGGCGUGGGAGAGGAGGCGACAGAGAGGAGGUGCGAGAGAAGAGGCGUGGGAGAGGAGGCGACAGAGAGGAGGUGCGGGAGAAGAGGCGCGGGAGAGGAGGCGACAGAGAGGAGGUGCGGGAGAAGAGGCGCGGGAGAGGAGGCGACAGAGAGGAGGUGCGGGAGAAGAGGCGCGGGAGAGGAGGCGACAGAGAGGAGGAGCGGGAGAAGAGGCGCGGGAGAGGAGGCGACAGAGAGGAGGAGCGGGAGAAGAGGCGCGGGAGAGGAGGCGACAGAGAGGAGGUGCAAGAGAGAAAAGGUGCGAGAGAAGAGGCGUGGGAGAGGUGGCGAGAGAGAGGAGGUGCGAGAGAAGAGGCGUGGGAGAGGAGGCGACAGAGAGGAGGUGCGAGAGAAGAGGCGUGGGAGAGGAGGCGACAGAGAGGAGGUGCGGGAGAAGAGGCGCGGGAGAGGAGGCGACAGAGAGGAGGUGCGGGAGAAGAGGCGCGGGAGAGGAGGCGACAGAGAGGAGGUGCGGGAGAAGAGGCGCGGGAGAGGAGGCGACAGAGAGGAGGAGCGGGAGAAGAGGCGCGGGAGAGGAGGCGACAGAGAGGAGGAGCGGGAGAAGAGGCGCGGGAGAAGAGGCGCGGGAGAGGAGGCGACAGAGAGGAGGAGCGGGAGAAGAGGCGCGGGAGAGGAGGCGACAGAGAGGAGGAGCGGGAGAAGAGGCGCGGGAGAGGAGGCGACAGAGAGGAGGAGCGGGAGAAGAGGCGUGGGAGAGGAGGCGACAGAGAGGAGGAGCGGGAGAAGAGGCGUGGGAGAGGAGGCGAGAGAGGAGAGGAGGAGCGGGAGAAGAGGCGUGGGAGAGGAGGCGACAGAGAGGAGGAGCGGGAGAAGAGGCGCGGGAGAGGAGGCGACAGAGAGGAGGAGCGGGAGAAGAGGCGUGGGAGAGGAGGCGACAGAGAGGAGGAGCGGGAGAAGAGGCGCGGGAGAGGAGGCGACAGAGAGGAGGAGCGGGAGAAGAGGCGUGGGAGAGGAGGCGACAGAGAGGAGGAGCGGGAGAAGAGGCGCGGGAGAGGAGGCGACAGAGAGGAGGAGCGGGAGAAGAGGCGUGGGAGAGGAGGCGACAGAGAGGAGGAGCGGGAGAAGAGGCGCGGGAGAGGAGGCGACAGAGAGGAGGAGCGGGAGAAGAGGCGCGGGAGAGGAGGCGACAGAGAGGAGGAGCGGGAGAAGAGGCGUGGGAGAGGAGGCGACAGAGAGGAGAGGAGCGGGAGAAGAGGCGCGGGAGAGGAGGCGACAGAGAGGAGGAGCGGGAGAAGAGGCGCGGGAGAGGAGGCGAGAGAGAGGAGGAGCGGGAGAAGAGGCGUGGGAGAGGAGGCGACAGAGAGGAGGAGUGGGAGAAGAGGCGUGGGAGAGGAGGCGAGAGAGAGGAGGAGCGGGAGAAGAGGCGCGGGAGAGGAGGCGAGAGAGAGGAGGUGCGGGAGAAGAGGCGCGGGAGAGGAGGCGAGAGAGAGGAGGAGCGGGAGAAGAGGCGCGGGAGAGGAGGCGAGAGAGAGGAGGUGCGGGAGAAGAGGCGCGGGAGAGGAGGCGAGAGAGAGGAGGAGCGGGAGAAAGAGGCGCGGGAGAGGAGGCGAGAGAGAGGAGGUGCGGGAGAAGAGGCGCGGGAGAGGAGGCGACAGAGAGGAGGAGCGGGAGAAGAGGCGCGGGAGAGGAGGCGACAGAGAGGAGGAGCGGGAGAAGAGGCGCGGGAGAGGAGGCGACAGAGAGGAGGUGCAAGAGAGAAAAGGUGCGAGAGAAGAGGCGUGGGAGAGGUGGCGAGAGAGAGGAGGUGCGAGAGAAGAGGCGUGGGAGAGGAGGCGACAGAGAGGAGGUGCGAGAGAAGAGGCGUGGGAGAGGAGGCGACAGAGAGGAGGUGCGGGAGAAGAGGCGCGGGAGAGGAGGCGACAGAGAGGAGGUGCGGGAGAAGAGGCGCGGGAGAGGAGGCGACAGAGAGGAGGUGCGGGAGAAGAGGCGCGGGAGAGGAGGCGACAGAGAGGAGGAGCGGGAGAAGAGGCGCGGGAGAGGAGGCGACAGAGAGGAGGAGCGGGAGAAGAGGCGCGGGAGAAGAGGCGCGGGAGAGGAGGCGACAGAGAGGAGGAGCGGGAGAAGAGGCGCGGGAGAGGAGGCGACAGAGAGGAGGAGCGGGAGAAGAGGCGCGGGAGAGGAGGCGACAGAGAGGAGGAGCGGGAGAAGAGGCGUGGGAGAGGAGGCGACAGAGAGGAGGAGCGGGAGAAGAGGCGUGGGAGAGGAGGCGAGAGAGAGGAGGAGCGGGAGAAGAGGCGUGGGAGAGGAGGCGACAGAGAGGAGGAGCGGGAGAAGAGGCGCGGGAGAGGAGGCGACAGAGAGGAGGAGCGGGAGAAGAGGCGUGGGAGAGGAGGCGACAGAGAGGAGGAGCGGGAGAAGAGGCGCGGGAGAGGAGGCGACAGAGAGGAGGAGCGGGAGAAGAGGCGUGGGAGAGGAGGCGACAGAGAGGAGGAGCGGGAGAAGAGGCGCGGGAGAGGAGGCGACAGAGAGGAGGAGCGGGAGAAGAGGCGUGGGAGAGGAGGCGACAGAGAGGAGGAGCGGGAGAAGAGGCGCGGGAGAGGAGGCGACAGAGAGGAGGAGCGGGAGAAGAGGCGCGGGAGAGGAGGCGACAGAGAGGAGGAGCGGGAGAAGAGGCGUGGGAGAGGAGGCGUGGAGAGGAGGAGCGACAGAGAGGAGGAGCGGGAGAAGAGGGCGCGGGAGAGGAGGCGACAGAGAGGAGGAGCGGGAGAAGAGGCGCGGGAGAGGAGGCGGGAGAGAGAGGAGGAGCGGGAGAAGAGGCGUGGGAGAGGAGGCGACAGAGAGGAGGAGUGGGAGAAGAGGCGUGGGAGAGGAGGCGAGAGAGAGGAGGAGGGAGAGAGGCGGGGAGAGGAGGCGAGAGAGGGGGGAAGAGGGAGAGGAGGCGAGAGAGAGGAGGUGCGGGAGAAGAGGCGCGGGAGAGGAGGCGAGAGAGAGGAGGAGCGGGAGAGAGAGGCGCGGGAGAGAGGAGGGAGGGAGAGAGAGGAGGAGCGGGAGAAGAGGCGCGGGAGAGGAGGCGAGAGAGAGGAGGAGCGGGAGAAGAGGCGCGGGAGAGGAGGCGAGAGAGAGGAGGUGCGGGAGAAGAGGCGCGGGAGAGGAGGCGACAGAGAGGAGGAGCGGGAGAAGAGGCGCGGGAGAGGAGGCGAGAGAGAGGAUCAACAUUCUUGUUCAUCGAUAAAAUCAACUAAAAAUUAA